GAUAUGGCAUUUGCAGAAACACUUGAAGAUAUGUGGUGUUGAGUUCAAAGUUGUUUAAUAUUCCAGGAAUAAGGAUAUGAAAUGAAUCAGUCAGAAGUUAUGUUUAUCUAGACAUUUCUUCAUAAUUUCGCUGGGAAAACGUUGCAAAAUUAUAGCAUAAAUAAUCUAACAUGAACGAAAUCUCGCUAAAUCGCGUUGCUGACGUCAGAGGGAUUUCCCGAUGUAUUUCCAUUGAUGAGUCAUUCCAAAGAAAUGAGCGUCAGUACUCAAUAACGUUGCCGGUAGUACUCACAGUCACGGCGACCUGUUUCACGAGGAUUCCGGGCAUUUCAGUGACAGAAAUUGGAUUAAAUUGGAUCAUUAUUGGCCACAGUAAAGAGCAAGAAACCUGUCUUCUUCCCCUGUUGUCCAUUUCAAGAUGGCGGAAGGGGAAUCCUCUGAAAUGGGGAGUCAAGUAAACCAUGUUUUGUUAGCAGCUGCACGAAGGCGGGCCUUGAAGCUGGACUUCAAACGUAUCGCUUAUGAUCCUAAACCAUCUCCUCCAUUACCACCACCAGAAACUCUUGCAAGUAAGGGACACCCUACACAAAUUGAGAGGUUGCGGUCACAGAGCCUAGAAUCAUCAGGGAAACUACAGAUUUCACCAGAACUGAUUUUUGACUUCACGGCAGAUGACCUGCAAGACUUGGGUGAGAUAGGGAGGGGAGCAUUUGGUACAGUCAACAAAAUGCUCCAUCAACAGAGUAACACUAUUAUGGCAGUUAAGAGGAUACGCUCUACAGUUGAUGAAAAAGAACAGAAACAAUUAUUAAUGGACUUGGAUGUCGUAAUGCGCAGCAAUGAGUGUCCUUAUAUUGUGCAAUUUUAUGGUGCUCUCUUCAAAGAAGGUGAUUGCUGGAUAUGCAUGGAGUUAAUGGCAGUCUCAUUAGAUAAAUUUUACCGUUUUAUCUUUGGUUCAUAUGGAACAUUACACUUACACCCAAGGAUAGAAGAAGAUAUAUUAGGAAAAAUAACAGUAGCUACUGUGAAGGCACUGAAUUACUUAAAAGAAAAAUUAAAGAUCAUUCACAGAGAUGUGAAACCCUCCAACAUUCUUCUUGAUCGGCAGGGCAACAUUAAGCUUUGUGAUUUUGGCAUCAGUGGACAGUUGGUAGAUUCCAUAGCAAAGACAAGGGAUGCAGGGUGUAGACCUUACAUGGCACCAGAGAGAAUAGACCCCCGGCACUCCUCCAGGGGAUAUGAUGUGAGGUCUGAUGUGUGGAGUUUAGGAAUCACACUGUAUGAAUUGGCUACUGGGAAGUUUCCAUAUCCUAAGUGGAACAGUGUGUUUGAUCAGCUAGCUCAGGUUGUGCAAGGGGCAGCCCCCCAGCUGGACCCAGCAGACGAAAUAUACUCGCCACAGUUUGUAAAAUUUGUCAAUACUUGUUUAACAAAAGAUGAGAAACAAAGGCCAAAAUAUAAUAAAUUGCUAGUAAGUACAAAAUAUCAGUUAGAUUGAUACAAGCACAGAAUUCUGUGGUGCAUUUUCCUAAUUCUUUUCA